CAAGCGUGGUCUACCGGAGACAACAGCUGGUAAGGUAACCUUGGUUGUUGUGACGCUCGUGAUUGCUGCUGCCGCACGAUCGGCUUUUGGCAACAGAGUGUUGGGCAGGCUUACUGCCGCAUUGCAGAGCAAGGACGACUAGCUCAAUACAACAUCGAAGCAAGCACUGAAGGAAUCUUCCGAACAACACAGUGAAGUGACUGGGCCUCCUACCGCAUCCUACGGCAUGGGAUGUGUUCGAGAAGAUCCUGAGCUAUAUCCUCUAUGCCCUCUCGUGGGCUCCCUUCCGCCGCUUGUCAUGUCGUCGUGACCGCAUCAGCCGGGAUCGCCAUCACGUUCGGCGUUUGGCUCGUCCGACUAUUCGUGCGAACGACACUCCGCAAACCCUUCGGAACGGAUGACAUACAUUGCACCAUCGCGACCUUCUGUGGCAUUCUGAAUUCCGCUCUUGCGAUCGGCGAAACAGACCAUGGCCUUGGACAGCGCGAGAGCGAGAUUGCGCCUUGGAUCGUUCGGCGACAACAACAGAUGGCUUGGGUUGCGAACAUGUCCUUCAUUCUCGCCCUCUGCUUCGCCAUCCUGUCGGUGUCGUAUCUUCUCGUCCGCAUUACGAAGCUCACCAGUCUUGUCCGUGUGACAUACGCUGUUCCUAUCGCCACAUCCCUCUGGGCUGUCGUUGCGUUUUGCCUCAUCACCUUUCAAUGCAAGUUGCCGGAUCCCUGGGACUUUGAACCGCAGUCUCGCUGCAUUGAUAUAUACCACACAUGGGCGGGGAUUGUCAUCGCGAAUGCUGUUCUGGACGUUGGAAACGUGGUGGCCGCGAUUGUUUUGGUGACGAACAUCCGCAUACCCACGAAGACCAAAGUUUUCAUCAUCGUGCUGUUUAGCAUGCGCCUCAUGUACCCUCAUCUCACGCACGUCAUGCCUGGCGAGGAGCAUUAACAUGUCCACGUAGGGUAAUCCCACCCGCGCUGGUUCGAUUGAGGUACAUCAGGCGGACAGUGUCGAGCAAAGACUGGACCCGAUCAAGAGUCGACAUUGUGAUUACCACGCAGGUUUACAUGCACUUGAGCAUCAUAUUGGCGACGCUGCCGUGCAUCAGGUC